CUACCUCCCAGGAAAGCUAUGGAAGAGGAAGAGGUAAGAAACUUCAAGGAACUUCGAGCCAAAUUUCAAAAGUUUGACACUCCACCUCUUCCAGGACCUAUCAGAUUCCCAGCAGGUGUUCUUCAAAAGAGUGACAGGGCAUGCAUACAAUCAACCCAGAUUUGGGCCAAUGGGAAGCCUCUCGCAUCCAAUUUCAAUUGGCCCCCAUCAUAUUGUUCCAGCCGGGAGUCUCAGGCUCCCAAAUCGCAGAAGAUGAAGUUUACUCCAAAGAGUGAAAUUCAGAAGUGUUUAAGUUCCCCAGAACCUCCAGAAAAGUCUACAGUGGACUCACAAAAUUCUCAGAAGGCUUCUUUGCUGUUAGCAGGGACCCAGUCAAGCACUAAGCUAUCCCAUGAGCAGGAAGGAAUGGCGGCCAACAGCUUCAGAGACAAACUCUGGAACUGGGAGAAGGUUUCGUCUCAGAAGAGCCAGAUGUCUCCACCCAUUCUCAUUAACUCUGGCAAUAAGACCUUCUGUCAAGAAGAGCAGAAAAGCACAAGACUUGCUCCAGAAAGGCCAAGAAAAAAACUGGAAUCAACAGGCCCUCAGACUUUUCCUUCUCAGAGGAACUCAAUAGCCCAGAGAGAAUCAUGUGUGACCUCAAAAGAGCCCCCUUUUCUACUUCUUCAAAAUGGUAGGAAGAGUGAGGGGGACCCCAGUGCUGAGAGAAGCAAGACAGCCAACUCUGCCCCUGAAAACCAGCCAGAUAGCAGGCAUCACCAGCUCCCCCAAACAAAGCCACUGCCUUCCAUCGAAUCUCUGGGUCCACCUCCCCCAAAGCCGCCAAAGCCCCCCACCGUGAACCUCCAGGCCUUCCAGAGACAAUCGGUUGGUAUGACCAAGACCCCAAAAGAAGUGUCUGUGAAGGAGGACCAUUUGUCUCCAGAGAGUGCUGAAUUUGAAGAACCACAUAAUUAUGAGGCAACCAUUUCCUAUCUGAGACACUGCAGCAACUCCAUUAACCCCAGUGCUGUAGAAGAAAUUGCUGAUGUUACCUAUGAAGUUGAAAUCGAAGAACUCCAAAAGCCUUGGAAGAGCCCUCAUCAAGAAUUAAGGCAAGUUUUCUCUUCCAAACCCAUUAGUUCUUGGCCUGAACAUGAAGAUGGAGAUAUAAACAUGAAGGAAAAAGAAUCGUAUGAAUUGCAGCCUCCAAAUCCAGAAAAGGAUCUACAUUUAAACCCUCUUUUGAAGGUAGGUGUCUGUGAAAUGACACCUGGAAAAAUCCAGAUGCCUGGAGACCACAGAGAUAGAAGUUGCAUGCCAGAUGGAAAGCAGGAAAGCAUGGUCAACAUCAUCCAGACAAAGGCCUGUCCUGAAGACAGGAAACUAACCAGACACUCCCAAAGUCAGGGUGGGUACGUGCAGGCUUUGGAAGUGACUAAGGAAAUCUCAGAUUCAACAGCCUUCAGGUCAAGUUCCCCUUCAGAAGAGACCUAUGAUGAUGUGGAGUAUCCUAAGACAGACGUACCAAAGCUGGACUUUUCAAGCUCAUUUGCCUCUGAGAGUGAAGAAAAUAGUGAAGAAAUGUAUGAAGAUAUCUAUAAAACAAAGAGCAAUCACCCCAAAAUAGAUUUAGAUGGAAAAGAAACACUUAAAAGACUCCAACAUUUCUUCAAAAAAGAAAAGGAUAAACUUAAAAUGAAGAAAACCAAAUCAAAAGAAAAUAUAAGGGCGUUUUCCAUUUCCCUGCCUGACUUGGGUCUUAAGUCUCAGGAAGUUAUUAUCUAUGAUGAUGUGGACACAAGUAAAAAAGAGCCAAACAAUGAAGAUAAACUGAAAACUUGGAAGCCGAAGUUUUUUAAUCCAAAGGGGAAAAAAGAGAAGGAAGAUGCCAAAGGAACAGAAAGUUUUCCUUCUAGAAAUUUCUUCAGAACCAAGAAGCAAAACUUAGAAAAUAAAAUGGAAAGAGAAGAAAAACUUUUUAGAGAAAGAUUUCAGUAUGACAAAGAGAUUGUAGUCAUCAACAGAGCAGUAGCAUGUUCCAGUAACUCAAGAAAUGGAAUAUUCGAUUUGCCAAUAACUUCUGGAGAACAACUAGAGGUCAUCGAUACCACGGAGCAAAAUAUGGUGAUAUGCCGCAAUUCUAAAGGCAAAUAUGGAUAUGUGCUCAUUGAACAUCUACAGUUCCAGCACCAAGGUUGGUCACGUUAGGAAGAUCAAGGUCAAGUGUGAAGGACAAAGGCCUGAAUAGGCGUAAAGGGCUCCAGGACUGAGCCCUUCCUCAAGAACUUUGCUUCUUGUCAAA